GAUGGCUAUAAGAAAUUGUUUUAAAAAUGUAGGCUACUUAAAUCCCCUCUCCGAAAUGUAAAAGGCAUCCGUUUCAUGGAACGCCCCACCAAUUAGGCCUAAUAAUGAAAGGUGUUUAAACUUCAAGCUGAGCAAGAGAACUAAUAGGAUACAGUCUUGAAGAAAUAUUUGAAAAGCUGGUUUGAUCUGUGAUGCUGUGCUCAAGUUUGUAAUCAAUAAAUGACCCUCUCAUGUCUAUCACUUAUUCCUCGUGUUCCCGAGCUCUCCAAUAGUGAGGCACCUAAUUGGUCUCUUCUCAGUUCGCUUAGGCCCAAGAGGAAAGAGAGAGCAUUGCACUCACACCAAGCAACACUCACUCGGUACUGGUCCUCUCCUCGCAUCGCAUCGCAUCGCCUCUCCUCUUCCCAUCUCUCCCCCUCUCCUCAACUCAAAAGCAAAACAGAUGGUGGAAAAGCAGCACAUCUGUCCGCUCGCUCUGCAACGAUAGAUCGCAUCGAGCUGGAGUCGAGCUUGGUCAUGUCCGCGUGCGAGAGCUGCUAGAGAUCCGGUGUGUUUUCUGGCUUCGCCUUUCACAACGGCUGCCGAGGGAGGACCGCGCGUCUGUCUGGGUUCUCCAACGAGCGGAGAAGAUGGCCGCCAUUAAGAUUUUAACUAGCGCGGGGCUUUUCUUGGCGGUUUGCUCGCUGAUCUUGUUGGUUAUAGCCAUCUGCACCGAUUACUGGUACGAGACGGAUGCCCGGCGGCAUCGCGAGCGCUGUAAGAACUACGCAAACAAGCGUAACGAUCCCGGAUACAUUUACAUCUCAAAUCACAACUUGCCUCUCCAGAUGGCUCCGAAGGGUUAUGAGAAGAAAGCUACGGAGGCGCGCAUGAAGCGGCACGCUCCGGCUUCGGCGACGGCCAUGGAGUCUCACUGUAGCCGCCAGUUCAAUUCCACGAUCACCGGUCUGUGGAGAAAGUGCCAUCGCGAGGGCUUUGACCUGGAGACCGAGGAUCUCAUUUACAAAGGGUUGAUUCAGAGAUGCACCCCUGUGACGUAUCAUUACACCUCUUCAAUCCUGCCUCGAAACCUUCCUGUCAACAUCACCAAGACCAUCCGGCAAGAUGAGUGGCAUGCCCUGCAUCUGCGGAGGAUGACAGCAGGUUUUGUGGGCAUGGCUGUCUCUAUCAUCCUUUUUGGCUGGAUCGUCGGAGUGCUUGGAUGCUGUCAAAAACAUGAUCUCAUGCAGUAUGUAGCUGGACUACUCUUCCUCAUGGGCGGAACCUGCUGUAUUAUCUCCCUGUGCACGUGUGUGGCCGGCAUUAACUUCGAGUUGUCGCGUUACCCACGUUACCUGUACGGCCUACCGGAGGACAUCAGUCAUGGGUAUGGCUGGUCCAUGUUCUGUGCCUGGGGCGGACUGGGUCUCACCCUGCUGGCCGGUUUCUUAUGCACGCUGGCCCCUUCUUUAAGCAGCCCCUUGGCCCGCACCACAGUCCACAAAUCCAGGCAUGAAAAUGGGACUGUGUGAUCAGAGACUUCUGGAGCAACACUGCAGCAACAUUUUCACCAAUGUAUACAGCGUCUACAUAAGGACAAAGCAUCUGGCCUAUUCAUCGUCAUGCAGUAUACUGACUAGAUAAUUUCUCUUUCCAUGUUCAUAUGACUCCAGUGGCUCUUGAGCUCUUGUUGAUCACAGUUGUCAACACAACUUGUGUACACCGUCCAUUUGUUUAAAAGGUUGAAGUCUGUAAAUGGCCUGAACACUGCUGAUAAAGUCAAAUCGAGACACAAACACAGACCUACGAGCAUCUUCCACAGUCUCACAUGUCUCACUCUGGUUCUUUUUUGUCACAAUAAAAAAAAAAUAAAAACAACGAAAAUGUUCACCGCUCUGCUUCAUGACGAAGAAGCAAGCUGGAGGCGACUGUCUUCUCUUAAAGAGGAUAAAAUGGUGCUCUCUUUCCAAAAUCACACAACUGCACAGAAAUCUUGACAAAGACAAAUCCACGGUUUUUCUUAUAGCUGACUGACGGUGUGGAGGAUUGUGAGUCUGGAGUGAAGAGGGGAGCAACGGAAAAGAGAGAAAAAAGUAUUUCUGUCAUUCAAACUUUGAGAAGCACAUUUCCUAAGGCCUCAAAGAGUCUGUAUGUGUAAAAAUACUUUGUUUCUUCUAGAUUUCAGGUCUAUUUGUACGAAAUAAUGCUUGGGGUAUAAAUGGAGCCUUUUCACUCUUUGUUAUGAUUGUAACGAUUGGUUUCAUGGCUAGCUGUUUUGAGGAACCUGACCAAAUUUGAAGAAUUUCUAGCCUGUGAAUCACCAACUAAAUGAAAUGUUUUGGGGGUAUUUCUGAACAUCACUUCUCAUGAAGCCUUAUUGCUGUUAAGAGCACAACGUGAUUAGAAUCAAAGUUAAACGAGAGCUCAGCACCUUCCAAGCACAACUGAAUGUUGCUGAAUAGUCAAGAUACAGUUACAGCUCUGGCUACACAUCAAGAUUUUAAAGGAAAUUCAGUGUUGUUUAGCCACAAUAAGUGAAGAUAGAAAAGCGUUAUGUACAGA